CUCUUUUUUUCCCAGCAGUGCCCCGCGGCGGCCAAGGUGAGCGGGCGCCAUGGCCUUCUCGGCGCCGGCGGCGUACCUGACCCACCAGCAGAAGGUCCUGCGGCUCUACAAACGGGCGCUGCGCCACCUGGAGUCGUGGUGCAUCCACAGGGAUAAGUACCGGUACUUUGCGUGUCUGAUGAGGGCUCGGUUUGACGAACAUAAGAAUGAAAAGGACAUGAUGAAGGCCACCCAGCUGCUUCGGGAGGCGGAGGAGGAGUUCUGGUACCGACAGCACCCGCAGCCCUACAUCUUUCCUGACUCACCUGGGGGCACCUCGUAUGAGAGAUAUGAGUGUUACAAGGUUCCCGAAUGGUGCUUAGAUGACUGGCACCCCUCAGAGAAGGCCAUGUACCCUGACUAUUUUGCCAAGAGAGAACAAUGGAAGAAAUUGCGCAGAGAAAGCUGGGAACGCGAAGUCAAGCAACUACGUGAGGAAACCCCACCGGGCGGUCCCAAAACGGAAGCUUUGCCCCCAGCUCGGAAGGAAGGAGACCUGCCUCCAUUGUGGUGGCACAUUGUCACCAGGCCCCGGGAGCGACCCAUGUAGAGGAAGAAGACGGCGCCUUGCUCCUCAAUUUGGCAAGUGAAAUGAGCUGCAGAACCUAUAUACACACUUGCCCUAAUAAAAAUUAUCCAGUGUGGUCCA